AUGUACAAACACCACGUUGUUGCAUGCAAGGCUAGUGGGAGCACCUGGAGCGCGAGCUCAGAACGAGACUCCACCUGUUGUAAGAAAAUAGCAGACAAGCGGGGCAUGGGGGAAAUCACCAGUGUCGAUAAGGCCAAACUGAAGAAAACCGAGAUGCUGCAGAACACCCUGCUGACCAAAGAGACCAUUGAACAGGAAAAGAGGAGUGAAAUUUCCUAA